AGAUUUAAGUAAUUGUGGUACAAUGUGUUCACAACAUUCUAGUGGAUUUGCAAAAACAAAUUCUGAGACCAGCCAAGGUGUUGUAGAUCCACAGUAUUUUUCUUUAAAAAAGAGAAAAGAGAGUUUUUCUCAAUUGAAUCAGCAAAUACCUGCUGAAGUAAUUGAAAGUCUUACUUCAAAUUUGUUUUACCUAGAAGUUACAACGCUCUGCUGUUCAAAGUGUGGCCGAAGAACUAGGAUAGUUUACAAUAUUAAAAAAACCAUACAGUGUUGUCUAGGGGAAGCUACCUAUUUGAUUCAUCAAAGUUUAACAAAAUUGGGCAGUACUUCUCCACAAGAGUCAACACCAUUGACAUCGGAAGAUGGAGUUAAUGAACAUAAUACUGUUACUUCACUUGAUUCAGCUGAACCUACGAGUGAUGAAGACACAAUUCAAUCACAGCCGAGUGAGAUGGACUUCUUUCAUCAGAUACUGCCUACAUCACGCUUAUCUUCUGAAAAUUCUAUUUUACAAAAUACAAGUGUUCUAAACAGUGGAGAAUUUCAUGCCACCCUAUCAGCUGCGCCAGGACCUUAUGGCAGGUUGUCAAAUAAUAUGGAUAAUGCCAUAAUUCCAGAGCAUGUAGACCCAAUAGAAGAACUAUUUUCACCCCUCUUAUAUUGUGCAUUUACUAAUUCAGGUAAUCCUUUGUCUGCAUUGGAUGCUGCGGGAAACAACAGACAGGAUUAUUCGCCGAUAGUUGGUCAGGCUUCUUUUGAUACUGAUUAUAUUGCUUUGAUGGAUCCUGUGAUAAGCAGAUGGCAUAGGCAUUCAGCUUCUGGUCAUAAUCCUUAUAAUGAAGCUGUUUCUCAUAAUGCACGCAUCAUUGAACUUCCAGUUGGCCUUCAAACAAAUGAAAACACAGAUCUUAAUUUUGAAUGUGUUAACGUGAGAGAACCUCCAGAAUCUGAUGGUGACUAAAUUAAAAUAUAAUUUUAUUGUAAUAUUUUUUUUAUUUUAAGAUAAUAAUAAGUAGUAAAAGUCUACUAUUUCAACAUGAUUUUGUAUAGACAUCAUUAGCUCCAAGAGAUUCUCAUUUUUAGAUGAAGAUCAACCAAGAAAUAAUUCAAAUCUAAUGUGAUAAGGACAGUCAGGAUGACUAGUAUUGGCAAUUUU